UGUUUUUCUGUUCAAUUAUUUUCAUUCCGUAUUUUAUAUUUACUAAUAAAUCAAAAGCGUUUUUUAAAUUCCUUCGCUAGUUCUAAACAAUAUUUGUUUUUAUAAGGUUUACUGUUUUUUUUUCGCAAAGACUUUAAUAAAUAAACACCUAAAAUGGCACGUUACUUCAAGGAACAGGACAUUGAUGAAUUUCGUGAAUGUUUUUAUUUAUUUGCCCGUUCGGGGCAGAUCACUUCCCUGGAUGAGUUAACUGUAAUUAUGCGAUCUCUUGGGUUAUCGCCAACAAUCCAAGAGCUGAUCGCUUAUUUGAAAAAGAAAGGAGGUAAAAUGAGUUUUGCGGAUUUUUUGGAAAUUAUGCAUCUACACUCCAAGGUUGAAAAAAUUCCCGAAGAAGUAAUCGCUGCGUUCAAGGCAGCCGAUCCACAUAACACAGGCACUAUAUCUGCAAGACAGCUACGAAAUUUAUUACAGAACUGGGGAGAGGGUUUAUCCGUGCGUGAGGUUGAUAGCAUCUUUCGUGAAGCAAACGUCAAUAGCAACAGCAUGGUACGUUAUGCCGAUUUCAUAAAAAUAGCUUGCGCUCCAGUUCCAGACUACUAUUAAAACUUUACUCCUAAUCCUAGUGACAAUUUGCUUGAAAAGUAUUCCUUAAAAUGUAUACCAUACAAAUAUCUACUAAAUAAAUUUAUAUUUUUUAAAUAAU